CCUCCAUGGAAACCGUGGACAAAAAUGUCUGGGCCCCAGUUAGACAGCCCAGGUGACACCCAUCUGGACCCCACUAGCUGUGCUGGCUGGGAUCGCCUUCUACGUGGGUGUAUGCUAUGAUAGGUAAAAUAAAACACAUGUAACAUGAUUGUAUUGAUCUUGUGAGUUGUCAUUAUAGGGAAAUGCUAUCAUUACAAUGUCAAUAAUGCAGGACACGUUGACUUCCCCUUUCCAGGUUAAACUGAAAAAAUAAAAAAAGAUGACUGGGAGGCUCGUACAUGAAUCUAGGCUUAACCCAAUCUGCAUAUAAAUACUCAAGACAUUUCUAGUCAUGAUCAUCUGUGAGACAAACAUCUGAUCUGAACUGAUCUUCUCUCUGACAUCACCUGAUGAACAUCACCUGCAGCAAGAUGUUGGUAGUGGUUUCAUUUUUCUGUCUGCUCUCUCUAACAGCAGCAGCUACUGAAGUGGGUCUUGAUGGUAAAGUGCUUCUGUUUCCAAACAAGACUGCUUCAAGCUAUGCUAAACUCACUCCUGAAAAGCCACUGAGUCUUACAGCGUUUACUCUCUGCAUGCGUGUCGCGAUGGAGCCCCAGAGCAGGAGGGAGAUCAUUCUGUUCACCUACCGCACGUCUGAAUAUGAUGAGCUCAAUGUGUGGAACGAGUAUGGUCAGGUGUCCUUGUAUUUACGUUCAAGUAGCGAAGCAGCAUUUUUCCACCUGCCUCCUCUCUCCACCUUCCAAACUCACCUGUGCGUCACCUGGGACUCUGCGACUGGUCUCUCUGCCUUUUGGGUGGACGGACGGCGCAGUGUGUACCAGCUCUAUAGAAAAGGUCACUCAGUUCUUCCUGGCGGCACCGUCCUGCUCGGCCAAGACUGUGAUAAAUAUAUGGCUGCCUUUGAUGCAGAGCAGAGCUUUGUAGGUGAAAUUUCAGAUGUGAAAAUGUGGGAUCAUGUUCUCUCUGGCAGUCAGAUUAAGGCGGUUUAUUCAAACCAGGAACCGUAUGUGCCGAAGGGAAACGUGUUUGACUGGAACACCAUGAAAUAUGAGAUUACUGGAAAUGUGAUAGUGGCUGAAAAUAACUGAUUCUCAUCAGUUGCAACAUUACACACAUUGUCAUCCACACAGUUGUGUCAGUCUUUAUGAUCUGUUCAUCUGUUUUAAUAAGUUACAAGCUGUAAGGGCUAUCAAAUAAAUUUUUCUCAGCAUUA